UCUCAUUAGUUAAUACUCCAAUGUUAGACAAUUGAAUAGUCACACCAUAGGAGCUAGUGACGGAACUGAUUACUAAUGUUAAAAAUGCAGUGGGCAGAAGAGGGAAUUUUCAGUUCCAAUUAUUUUUUAAAGCUUGGCGUUGCUUUACCCAACAAGACGAAGAGUUGGUGGCGGAGAUGGUAAAGAGACGGCGGCAAGCGGUGAAUGAGGCGGAGAUAACCCCUCAGUUCUUCAAGAUUAUUCUCUCUCCUCAUGCCUCUAAAUUACGCAUCCCAGAUGAAUUUGUAAUGAAGUAUGGGGCCAACAUGCGAGAUCUUGUGGCCCUUGAGGUCCCAAGUGGCGCAAUAUGGAAAAUAAAAUUGCAAAACUCUAAUGGCAUGGCAUGGCUGAAGGAGGGUUGGGACCAGUUCAAGGAGUACUAUUCAAUUGGUUGUGGUUACUUUUUACUCUUUAAAUAUAAUGGAAUCUCUCAUUUCUCUGUCUCCAUAUUUGAUUUAAGUGCUUCCGAGAUUGAAUAUCCUUCUGGCCCAAGUGAAGAUAUGACACCAGAGAAUUUUGUAAAGAUAGUGGGUGAUGCUAGUCAUAGAAAGAAGGAAGGUGGGCCUGAGACAAACAAUAAUGCAUGUGAUGACAUCGUGGACGAUUUUCUGAGAAAGAAGACUGCAAAAGUUACAAAAGUAGCAGAUCAUUCAUAUUCAAGAAGACAAAAGUCUAGCGUUCCAGAAUGGCAGGAUCGUAUCAGGGUGAACCUUGAGAAACCACACGUGGAAGAGGAUUUGUAUUGUGCAACAGAAAAAGAAAAAAGGAAGGAGAUUAAGAAGGAGAAACUUGAAAAACAAAACAUGGAGAAGAAUUUGUAUCAUGCAGCAGAUAAAGGAAAAGCAGAGCACUGCAAAGAAGCACUAGAUCCCCCAGCCUCUAAGAUGACAAAUACUUGCAGAUGCAAUAAAAGGAAAUAUUCUACGAGUUUGAAGGAACCACAUUGUAGGCAUCCUCUACGAAGUAAAAGUAAACCGGUGGAAGUGGUGAAGCUUGACCAAUCAAAAACAGAAGCGACUAUGCACUGUGUAAAACCAAAGAAUACAGUAGUUGCAGAUUCUUCACAUUCUGGAAGACAAAAAACUGCCGCUCCAAUAUCCUGUCCAGAAACAAAAGAUCCUAAGAAGGUGAAGCUUGAAAAAGUGAACUCGGAAGAGGAUUUCCAUUGUGCAGCACCAAAAGCAAGGAGGGGGGAGACUAACAUUGAGAAACUUGAAAAGCAAGAUGUGCAACAGAAUUUGUAUGCUGAAGCAUAUAAAUUUAAAGGUAUUUGGUUUUAAUAUUUGUGGUUACUCUCAUUGAUGCUGCUGGUCAGUAACAAGAAAAUUUUCCUUUGUGAGUCUCAU